CUGUUUUUGCUGCACACUUCAGAGUAAGAUGUGACAAACUCAUUUUAAAAAAUAAGACAAAGGCAGGCACGAUGGAACAGUUUACCAAUUCAGCAAUAUAUGACAACAUCUCUCUAGGUGAGUGGAACCCAGAUUACUUAUCAUGCAUCAAAGACUACAACUUCCUUAUUCUGAUUCUGUCCAUCAGCUAUGGUGUGAUUUUUCCAGCAAGCCUUCUUGGGAAUGGCUAUGUGAUAGUCCAUUUCUUCCUACACAGAAAGUCUUCAUCAACAUCUAAGGGGCUGAUGGCCAACUUGGCAAUGCUGGACUUUUUGCUGGCCUUGAGCCUUCCCCUUGUCAUUGUGUAUCACAGUAAAGGAAACAACUGGCUCUUUGGAAACUUCUUCUGUUAUGUGUCAUCUAGCCUCUUUUAUGGCAACUUAUAUGGCAGCAAUUUAUUCUUCACCACCAUCUGCUUGGAGAGAUACACAGCUGUCUGUCACCCCUUCAUAUAUCAGAGAGUGAAGACUCCAGCUAUUUGCAAAACCAUUUGUUGUUCCAUUUGGCUGAUCAUCAUUAUGGGAAUUAUCUUUAUUUGCACAAAGGUUCAAGUGGUUACUAGACAGCCUAAUGGCACCAUAACUUGUGGAGAUACAUUUUCUGAAAAGGCAUGGAGUGACCUGUUGACACCCCUCAUUAUUAUAUUAUCAGUCAUGUGUUUCUUUGUGCCCUAUGUCUUUGUAUUAUCCUGCUAUUCCCUGAUUGUCCUAAAACUAAGAUAUUUAGACAGCAACAUCCGGUCACAGGUACCAAAGAAGAAAUGCAUGCAGGCCAUCCUGUCCGUCUUUGUGGUGAUGACGAUCUGCUACCUGCCCUUUCACACUUUUCAGAUGGUAAACGCCUUUCACAGACUGCACUCUGCUCACAUUCAGGGAGCUUCCUUCAUUAUAUGUGUGGGCCAGCGCAUCUCAGUCUGCCUGGCGAGCCUCAACAGCUUUCUCGACCCCUUUGUUUAUUAUUUUUUGUGUGACAGUUUCAAAUGGGCAUAUUCCUGUCUUGGCAUGGACAAAGACAGCAAGACAACUAUAAGUAAAGAAACUGCUGAGAUAAAACUAUAAGCACCAGACAAACAUGCCCAGCGUCUUCACUUCAAACGAUCAAGUCAUCUAUGCAUCCCUUUAUUUACUCACGUGCCUUUAGUUCAUGGUCGAGUCAGCACUGGGCUCAAGGCACAGUCCAGUGAUGGAGCACCAGUCUAUCACAGGACAUCCACCAAACAUCUAUCCAUUCAUCUUCUGCAGCUGGUGAAGUGAAAACAGACUUUUAAUUUUUAUAUUGAAAUUUUGCAGUUUAUGAUGAAAGUAGGUAAUAAAGAGAAUUACUAAAAAUGAUGGUACAUUCAGUUUAUUUUUAAAAACAGUAACACCUAUAAACAGAAAAUUCAGACUUUGUAUCCAACUAUCCAUUUUGUUAAGAAAAAUUCAGAGUCCCAGCAGCAUUGGCAGCAGGGCAGAAACCAAACAAGAAGAGGGCACCAGUCCACCAGAGGUCACACUCACAUAGACUGACACAGGGCCACUUUAGAGUCAUUCAUUUGCCUGGCUGGUACUAUGAUGUGGAAAGAACACCGAGACUAACUUACUAACUUAAGGCGAGCAUCCAAACUCAAUACAGACACUGACCAAAGGGAUUGAAAUCUGGUCUACCAGAGUAGAGAGACAGCCAAAGUAACCACCCAGGCAUCAAUCAAUUCAUUAAUCUUGAUUUUAUAUUUCAUAGAGCCCACCAUGACGAUGCAUAACAAAUCACACAAUCAGUGCCUUUUCAAAAAUGUUGUGACCAGGAGGGUUGCUCUUGAGUUGACCCUGAACCCAGAAUAGGAGACGCAGGUCAGAUGAAACCAGAGGUUUAUCUGGACAAAUAAGUAAAGUAAAUACAAGGAUAGGUCAACACAAGGAGUGGUAACAGUGCAACAGCGCAAAAUAAUAAAGGACCAGAGCUAGGGUUAUGCACAGAAGGGUGGCUACAGUCUCUCAAGCCCCUGCUCCUUUCCCCUGAGUGGAUCAAAUGUCCUCUCCUCCUGUUGCUAUUUAACUGGUCAGUUCUGAACACAAGUGAGCACCUUCAUUUCACUGUAAGAAUAAAAGAAAAGGCAAAAAU